UCCUAGCAUGGCUGAAUAUUCCGCUCACUUCAGACAGAAAUAUUACUGUGCUACAGUUAAAGAAUAUGCUAAAAGAAAGAGAAUUCAUAAUCAUUGAUGUAAGAGAACCCUCCGAACUCAAAGAAUCAGGACAAAUCUUCGGAGCCAUUAAUAUCCCACUUGGGACUGUCAAUGAGGCGUUCUCAAUGACAAAGGAGGACUUUCUGAAAAAGUUCGGUGUGGAAAUGCCAAGUGUAUACAAUAGAAAUGUCGUUUUCCAUUGUAAAUCCGGUUUUCGCAGCCGAAAGGCUAUACACAUUGUUGAAUCCCUUGGUUAUCGCAGUGUUUUGAAUUUAGACGGUGGCUAUUUAGCAUGGAGUGAGCACAAGUAG